GCAACCGAGAGAGUCGGAGCGCUCAGACCGGCCGGAGGAACCCAGCGGACCCGCCGCAAAAUCCAGCAUGAGAAUCCUCGUGGCCUUGGCAGUCUUUUUUCUCGUCUUCACUCAACUGUUUGCAGAAGAAAUCGAAGGCAACGAUGAUCUGAAUUACUGGUCCGACUGGUCCGACAGCGACCACAUCAAGGAGGAGCUGCCCGAGCCCUUUGAGCAUCUUCUGCAGAGAAUCGCCCGGAGACCCAAGCCUCAGCAGUUCUUCGGAUUAAUGGGCAAACGGGAUGCUGAAUCCUCAAUGAAAAAACAAGUGGCACGGUUAAAGGCUUUUUAUGGAAAUGGCCAGAUCUCUCAUAAAAGGCAUAAAACAGAUUCCUUUAUUGGACUAAUGGGCAAAAGAGCUUUAAAUUCUGCGGCUUACGAGAGGAGCGCAGUGCAGAGCUACGAGAGAAGACGCAAGUAAACGACCCGCUGUGUUCUUUACUGAGCUUCACUUGUGUCA